CUUACCUUUUCUUUCACUACAUUAUGCUUUAUCAACAAACCACAAGGAAAUACUCCCACAGUAUCAGCAGUGUCCGUGAGAAAGAUGGACUUGCGAAGGGACUGGAGGCUUUGGAUACGUCCUUUUAUUAUCUUCCUCUAUUUCAUUUUGGCUCUGUUUGUGGCACUUCCCUUGUGUAUCAUAGAACUGAACAGAGCUGAUAAACCAACCCAUGUACAAGCCUGGUUUGCCUCUGGUAUCUUUGUACUCUGUGCGUUACCUAUUUCAUUAUUUGGAAUGUUACAACAUCUUGUAAACUAUACACAGCCAAAUCUCCAGCGUCACAUCAUUAGAAUCUUGUGGAUGGUGCCAAUUUAUGGAGUAAAUGCAUGGUUUGCCCUUCGUUUCCCACAUGCUGCCAUAUAUUUAGACACUAUCAGAGAAUGUUAUGAAGCCUAUGUGAUCUAUAACUUCAUGGCUUACCUCUUACAAUACCUCAAUAAUCAACAUCAACUAGAACACUUUGAACAGAAAGAUCCAGUCACACAUAUCUGUCCUCUGUGCUGUAUACGGCCAUGGAGAAUAAACAGAAAUUUUAUACAGAGAUGUAAGCAUGGAGCUCUACAAUAUACUAUAAUUAGACCUCUAACUACAAUUGUUGCCUUAGCCUGUGAGAUGGGAGGCAAAUAUCAUGAGGGAGACUUUGAUUUUAAGUCUGCCUGGUCAUAUCUCGUCAUUAUUAAUAAUAUAUCACAGAUUAUAGCUAUGUAUAGUUUGGUAUUGUUUUAUAAAGCAAUGAAAACAGAACUAGCACCAAUUAAUCCAGUUCCUAAAUUUCUGUGUGUUAAAUUUGUUGUCUUCUUCUGUUUUUGGCAAUCCCUAGCUAUUGCAAUUCUAGUCAAGCUAGAUGUUAUACCAAGUGGAGGGACAUGGGACUUCUAUCAAAGUAUCACUGAUGUAGCAACAGGCUUACAGGAUUUUAUUAUCUGUGUUGAAAUGUUUAUAGCAGCCAUUGCUCAUUACUACUCAUUUUCCCACAAACCAUUCAUUGUGACCGAGGAGAAUUCACACCAGUCUAACUGCUGUGAAGCCUUCCUGUCCAUGUGGGAUGUCUCAGACAUGAGAGAUGACGUGUUGGAACAUGCUAAAAUAAUAAGUAAAGCAGUAAAGAAAACAGUGAGUAAAUCAAGAAUAAAAACAAAUGAUACAGAACGAACACCAUUAAUAAGAGACAGUCAGACUAACUAUACAUCAGAUGGGGGUCCCAGUGACUGGGAUACAGCUUCCCUAGAACAAAGGGAAAUAACCCAUAAAAAAUCAGUUCCUACUGAAUCAAUGAAUAAUUACAUAGUGUUUGGUUCCAGUUCAGAAACUAAUUAUAGCAACGAUACUCAGACAGAUGUAAGGGUAAGACAGAAAGAUCAUGUGACUUGUGAUAAACAGGAAGUGGAAAAUGUUAGACCAAUAGAAAGAUGUGAUACAAAAGAAGUUAGUGUAUCAUCCAAUCAGGAAGAAAGUAACAAAAGUGAUAAUAUACAAACAGAACAAACUGAAGGGUUAAUUGAAGUAGAGGUACAUAGCAAUAUAGAUAACGACAGAACAAUAGAUACAGACCAGACAGGCUCUAUACAGGUUGAUGUCUCAACUGGACAUGCUGAUAACACACCUGUUGUAUAAUGUCUCAUUGUUACUAUAAGUCUUAUGUAUUGAUAAUAGUAUGGUAACUACAGUAUACAAAUUAAGAUUGUAUAUAAUUGCCAAAAACCUUUAUAAGUUAACUUAUGUUUAUGUUGUUAUUUUAGAAUAUUGUGACAGUAGCAACACUUUAUUCAAAAUAUAUCUAAUUAUAUGUUUUGUAUUUGUUUUUAGUGCCAUAGCUACUUAAUAUCAGUGCUUUAUAUACAAAUCUGCAUAAUUGCCAACAUUUUUAAUUAUGUCUUUCAAUUUCAUUGUUGUUUAAUGUAAUGAUUUAUUUUGUAAUAAUAACAAUUUUACCAUUAUCCAAAGGUUCAUGUCUGUGCAGCUGUUGUGAUAGCAAAUCUAAAGUAAUAUGACAUAUUUAUUUUCUUUGAAAUUGCUGCACCAAUUGGAAAAAAUUAAAUUUAGAAUAUUUUUUGGUUAAGACUUAACCUACUAUUUUUGGAUUGGACCAUAAAACACACUCAUGUAUUAAGACAGCAAAUAAAAAUGUUUCCUAAAUUUCUUUAGUAUUAACAGAUGUUAUAAUAGUUUUCAUUACAAGUGUUCAAAACUUCAGGUGUAUUCUAAAAAAAAUGUCAAUAUCAACAUACAUUGGCUAAUUUAUAGGAAAAAUCUAUCUCAUCAUCAAAUGAUCAUCUUUGCAACAAGGAGUGCCUUAUUGUAUUGAUUUUAGUUCGCUAACUUCUUUAAAUACUUCAAUUGUGUAAAAAUAUAAGAUAUAUAAUGCAUGCAAAACAUUUAAAUGUUUACUGUAUCUUUUUAUACAACAAAAAUUGUGUAUGUAUUGAUAAAUGUUAAGUUUAAAGUUAUUGUAAAUAAGUUGAUCUCAUACAAUAAUAUUGGUGAAGAAAAUAAUAAAAAGAAAAGCAAUGAAAACUUUUCAGAUGAAGGUUUAGAGAAAAUUACGUCAUGAUGAACACCCAGUAGCAGAGUAACUGUUUAUACUGUCUGAAAUUUUAAAUGAAUUGAUGUUUUAGAAAGUAAUAAUAAUAAUAAUAAUGACUUUAUUUAAAGAGGGUGACUCAAUUAGCAUUCACUUAUCUACCCUGAGGCCCUCACAAAAACAUACAGAACAAGUAUUACAGAUAUUACAAUUUUUUAACAUAUAACUAAACUUUCAUGCUAGAUGAUUGUCUGUAGAAAAAAAACCAAACAAAUAAUACAUUAUACACAAACAUUAAAAAGACAUGAUACAGUUAAAGAGUUGUUACAUAUUAUUUAUCGUUAAGAAAUCUACACAUUUUCUUUUAAAAGUAUCUAGAUUUUCACAUAGUUUUAUUUCAUUUGGUAGUUUAUUCCAAAGUAUUGAGGAGCUUUGUGUGAAUGAUUUUUUCAUAGAAUUUGUAUUAGGCCUCACUACAGCUAGAUUAUUAUUUGCAGAAGAUCUUAAAUGUCUAUAGGUUUAUAAUUAGACAACAUAGUUCUGUAAGGUAAUUAGUUGCUUUAUUAUUGAGAAUUUUAUGAACAAGAAUCAAUUUAUGAAUUUAAGAAAUCCUAGAUUUGAAAUUGAACCAUUUCAACUCUUUGAAUAAAUUUAUAGUAGGUUUUA